GCGUCUCAGCUUGUUUCACCUUUCUAAACUCUUCCACGAGUCGUCCCUUGACUCUUGGUGGGCCCCUACUACCACAGUCUCGCGCUUAUCUUCUCUGAUCUGACAAGCCUCAACUUCACCUCUUUCUCUUGGACAUUCUUUUCAAACUAUAGGCUGUCAUUCUUCGUGUCAGUCUCUAUCUUUAUAUAAUUAUCUUUUCUUCUUUUUAUUCCCCCCUUCUUUUGCCAUCCUCUUCGACUCUCAGACUACGGGUCCGCUCUUUCCGUUCCGAUCUCGAGCAUCCGACCCCCCGACCCCCCGACCCCCCGAGACCGAUGCCUGUGACCCCAUUCAUAUUGGCUACACAAUUCUAAUUGCAAAACUCCUAAUAUCGCCUCUGGGCUGUCCUCAUCAUGGCUGCCAACACCUCUGUCGCGUUUGAACUUCCGCCUCUUCCGUCCUAUACCCUGACUCCACGCCCUCCCCUAGUCGACGGGAUCCCAGAUAAUAUCCUUGCUUUGAUCCUCCCGAUUAUUGCCUACUGGGCUGUAUCCCUGUUCUUCCACUAUAUUGAUGUCAACGAUCUAUUCUCGCAGUAUCGCCUCCAUACCCCGGCUGAAGUUCUGGCACGAAACCGUGUCUCGCGAUGGGAUGUGGUAAGGGAUGUCGUUUUACAGCAGAUAAUCCAAACAGUCGCAGGCCUGGUUAUGGCCUACUUUGAUACAGAGGAAUAUCUGGGAAAGGAGGAAUAUGAUGUUGCUGUUUGGGCGAGUCGUAUUCGUAUCUUGCAGAGAGCCCUUCCCCACCUGGUGGCCCUAUUUGGGCUGAACGCUUCUGGUCUCGCCAGUAACCUGUCGCAAAACGGCUACAAGACGCUCGCCGGAGCUGUUGCAGGUGGACGUUACCCAGAUAUUACCCAAUCCAUUAUUUUGGAGAAUGGUGCUGAGACAUUGGCACCAGCUUUCGCAAGCUGGGAAUUAGCCUUGGCUAAUUUCAUCUACUGGUAUUUUGUCCCGGCGCUCCAGUUAAUCCUAGGCAUCUGCAUUGUGGAUACAUGGCAGUACUUUUUGCAUAGGGCGAUGCAUUUGAAUCGCUGGCUCUAUGUGCGCUUCCAUUCGCGACACCAUCGCUUGUACGUGCCUUACGCCUUUGGUGCUCUCUACAAUCACCCAGUUGAAGGGUUCCUGCUUGACACUGCGGGUACUGGCGUUGCCUUCCUUAUUUCGGGCAUGACCCACCGUCAGGGCAUGUGCUUCUUCACCUUCUCCACUAUUAAGACCGUCGAUGAUCACUGUGGGUAUUCCUUCCCUUGGGAUCCUCUGCAGCAUGUUACCUCGAACAAUGCUGCCUACCACGACAUUCACCACCAAAGCUGGGGAAUAAAGACCAACUUCUCUCAGCCCUUCUUCAUCUUCUGGGACCGACUCUUUGAUACGCAGUGGAAGGGUGAUGUCAAGCUUCGCUAUGAACGGUCUCGUGAGGUUGCUCAGAAGCAGAUUGACGAAGGUACAGCUCUGGGACCUGACCCUCACGCCGACGACUCAUUUUAUUCCACGUCCAACCUCGAUAUGGCUGUUGUGUCUCCUGAAGCGCCCGCUGAGAUCAAUGCGCGAACCCGUCUGCGUAGAAAGACAGCUACCCUGUCCCCAAGCGUGGACUCGCUUAAAGGAGUGAACCAUGGUGUGACCAGCAGCGUUCUUUAAGCUUUACGCGCAUAUCUUACUCUCCGCCGCUCCAACUCCCCGCUGCCCUUACUCUUCUCCCUUCUGUUUCUCUUUCUUCUUCUCUUCUUUUCCCUCUCCCUUCAACCUUUUGAUUACUGUCUCUGGAGCUGCGGGUCGUCUCCUAACCAUGGUGGGA